CGGGAUGCGCGCAUUCGCAGUGUGUUUACAAAACAAGAAAGUCAGCGCGAUUCGUACGCCGUCUAACUUAAAAUAUAAAUUCUGACUGAGUCAAAUCCAUAUCGCCUGAGGCUUUGAAUGAGUUGUGGCUAAACAGCAACAAAUAUUCUAAAAUAAGACAACAGAAGACAAUUCGUCGUGAAUUUGCAAAGUGUUGUACAAAUGUGGUGUUGAAGUGAAGAAAAAAGAAUUAGAAAUUCUUAUUUGAAAAAAAAAAAAACUAUAUUGUGUUGAAUAAAAUACGAAUUUUUAAUUAAUCGCAGCGAUAGUCGGUGCUUUAAGAUAUAAGGAUGAAGCAGCUAAAUUUGGUUCUCUGGUUGGCGUUACUCCUCCAUCAAGAAUGGCUAACGUUAACAUCAGCUGCGCAACAGCAGCAAACCACCUCCAAUGCGCAGUCUUCGGUUGUGCAAUUAUACGAUUCGAAUCGUGGUGAAAAUGCGGCAGCCGCACCAGCGGAAAGUGUUUUGGGUUCAAUAUACCGCAAGAGCCGGCAAUCGAGAUGCGUGCGUUGCUACGAAGAUCGCUAUGGCGAUGAUCGCAGUCGUUACUACGGAACUAGCGGUUAUUCCAGCCAUUCCGCGGACAAUUGGUAUUACCCAUACGAUCGUUAUGAUGAUCGUUAUCGUUCCGAAGAUCGUUAUCGCACCGAAGAUCGUUAUCGUCCCGAUUACGAUCGUUAUUCGUCGUCUUCUUCCAUGGCAUCGUCAUAUUAUCGUGAUAGAGAUGAUCGCUUGGGUUCGCGCACCUAUGAUCGUUAUGAUACACGCGGCUAUGAUCGCUACGAUCGUCGUGGUGGAUACGAGCAGGAUCGUUAUGGCGAUUAUUCGCGUGAUCGUUAUUAUGAGCGUCCACGCGGCGGCGCCAGCUACGAUCGUGACUACUACGAUCGCUCCACCUCAUCGCGUUAUGACUAUCGCAACUAUCGUCCCUAUGAUGAAACCUACAGAGGUCAAUCGGGUUUUGACAAUUCCGGCCGCGGUUACUAUUUCGCGGGCGAAGAUAACGAUCGUCAGCGUUACCCGAGCAGCAAGUCGGGCUACGAUCAGCGUGCUUCCUCUUCACCCUGUGGCGUACGCGUCACCGAUUGUCCCUAUGCCUCCAGAGGUGGUAGUGGCGGUAGUGUGGGUGGUGGCACAACACAGGUCACUUCGCGUCCCAUAACUAGCCAACAUGGCUAUGAUUACGGUUACAGUUAUGGUGUGGGCAGUAGUGGUAACGCUGGCAGUAGCGGUAACAGUAACGGUAGCGGAAGCGGCGCAGGCGCUGCAACACGCAACACAAGUGCAAAUAAUAGCAACAAUUCUAGUAGUAGUCAAGGUUGGAGCUAUGUUGAUGAGCGUGAUAAGGCGUCGAGUGUGCGGGGAAACGGUAGGGAUGAGAAUAGAGGACGCGAGCGAGAGCGCGAGCGUGACAGAGAUCCACAGAGCUCUGCCUACGGUAGCCGACCGCCACGUCCAUUAGGUGGCAGCUACCUCUUCGAUCGGGACUCGAAUACGGUAGGCGAUGAGAAGAUGGCGGACAAUGCAGCAGAUAAGGAUACCAGUGGUGGCAAUGCCGAUGGCGUCAGCAACAUUUCGUCAUCAUCAAUGACUGGCGAACAAAAUCGUGAUAUGAAUAAUGGCGGCGCCAACGGUAAUGAUGGCGGCAUGGCAAAUUCAAUGCAAACGAAUGUCAGGGACAAGCAAUGAGCAGAUCAGCAAAAUCAAGAAUUAAAAAAUUAUAUAUAUGAAAGUAAUAAUAAGUGAGCAGACAUAAAUUACAGUAAUUUUUCCCUAUAUACGAAUAUUUUGUAAAAUCUAAUCACCGAUUGGUAACUAUAUGUAUGCAAUGUGUGAAGCAGAAGACAAAAUUCAAUCUCAAAUAAAGUAUUUUGUAA